CCCCGAGCUAAGUGACUUGGUCACGUGGUGUUGGUCACAUGACGGUGGGGAGCGGAAGAGAGUUGAACCAAACAGCUCGAGCCGGGCUGUUGUUGCACAGCUGUGUGCUGUGAGAGAGAUAAACACUUAUUGGUACAGUAAACAAUUGAUUUUUUUGGAGGCGUAGCUAUAUAAUAUAGCUAUUCGUUGAUUUCUAAGCGGUAAACUUCAUGGCUGAGACGGAACAACAGGACUCCACAGAACGAGGAGGCCUGAUCUACUCUGUGACUCGGUAUGGGUCCACAGAUGGCAGCGGAGAGCAUACAGAGAACCACCAGAGUAACAACCAUGGCAACAACCACAGCAACCACGGCUACUCCUCGACGAUGGCAGGUCACUGGGUUGGUGUUGAGCGAGAAGAGGAGGCCAUUCGCCGGAAGUUGAAGUACUUCUUCAUGAGCCCUUGCGAUAAAUAUCACGCCAAAGGUCGCAAGCCUUAUAAGCUGAUCCUGCAGCUGCUCAAGAUCAUCAUUGUCACAGCUCAGCUGGUGUUGUUCGGCCUGAGCAACCAGGUGGUAGUGACCUUCAAAGAGGAGAACACUAUGACCUUCAAACACCUCUUUCUAAAAGACUACGACGAGUCCGCAGAUGAUUCUUUUGCAGUUUACACUCAGAAUGAUGUCUACGACCACAUCGUCUAUGCUGUGGAGCAGUAUCUGGUCUUGCCAGAGACCACAGUGGGACGCUAUGCAUAUGUCUAUGAUGUUGGUGUGAAUGGAAGUGCACUGUCCUUGUGCCAGCAGUAUUACAAGAAAGGAAGCAUCGACCCAGCCAAUGACACCUUUAUCAUAGACCCCCACAUCAUGACAGACUGUAUAGGUGUAAACCCGCUCUCCAUGCCUCCAGGUCGGUUUGCUGACAGCUACAAGAACAUUACACUCAAGUUCCACAAGCUCAUUAAUGUGACCAUCGAUUUCCAGCUGAAGGCAAUCAAUAUACAGACAAUCAUCAACAACGAAAUCCCAGACUGCUACACUUUUUACAUAAAGAUAGUCCUUGACAACAAGGCUCACAGUGGCAAGGUGAAGAUCCGGUUAGAAAAUAAGGCCUUCAUCAAAGAAUGCAGAGACCCGAGCAUCUCCGGACACGCUGAGAGCUACACACGUGUAGCGUUUGAUGUGGCUGUUGCUCUGGUGUGCCUGCUGUCACUGCUGCUAUGUGGACGCUCCAUACUGCGAGGCAUCUUUUUGCAACAGGAGUUUGUGCAGUUCUUCAAAGCCACUCUAGAUCGGAAAGUGUGUUGGUCAGACCGAAUGGAGUUCAUAAACGGCUGGUAUAUCCUCCUCAUCAUCAGCGACAUCCUCACCAUCACUGGCAGUAUUAUCAAAAUUGGCAUUGAGACUAAGAAUAUGUCUUCAUAUGAUGUGUGUGGCAUUCUGCUGGGAAGCUCCACGCUCCUGGUGUGGGUUGGAGUCAUUCGCUACCUCACAUUCUUCCAGAAGUACAAUAUCCUGAUCAUAACACUGCGAGCAGCGUUCCCCAAUGUGAUCCGGUUCUGCUGUUGUGUGGCUGUCAUCUAUCUUGGAUACUGUUUCUGUGGCUGGAUCGUCCUGGGACCGUACCAUGUCAAGUUCCGCUCUCUGUCCAUGGUGUCAGAGAGCCUGUUCUCCCUCAUUAACGGGGACGACAUGUACGUGACAUUCUCAGAGAUGCAGGAGACCAGCACACUGGUGUGGCUGUUCAGUCAGGUGUAUCUAUACACCUUCAUCUCCCUCUUCAUCUACAUGGUGCUGUCACUGUUCAUCGCUCUCAUCACGGGAGCCUACGAGACCAUCAAGCAUCAAACCCAAGAACCCAUCCAUAUCACAGACCUGCAUGCCUUCAUAGCAGAGUGUACAGACGCACCAAGCUCGGGGAAGUUCAGGGUUCUGGAGACCUCACCGUGCUCGUUUUUCUGCUGCUGUGACAGAACAACUACAUAUGAGGACAACCUGCUGGUGAACUGAAGAUGACCUCAGUAACCUCACAAAGCCUCACUGUCCCCCCCUGCUGACCACAGGGAUUAACUGCACACUCGUGAUGCCAUGUGUCUCUGUACAAACAUGCUGUAUCUGGGUCAAACCUCAUCUGAAGGAGGAGUCAACAUCGGCUGGACCAGCACUCUGCAGAAGUCUCCCUUAUUUUCUCCCCUUCUCAACUCCAUGUAGAAGAAAGCUGCAGGCUGAUGCAGGACUGAAGCUUUCCCUAUUUAUGAACUAGACUGCAGCGUCAUGAAUGCACAGACAUUUCUCUGUUUCUUCUUCUUUUAAAAAAAAAACAGUAUUUCUUUCUUAUGUAUCAAGUGAUGCAUGAUGCUGAACAAGAAACAUGACCUUUUUGCAGAAGUAUUAAGUAGAAACAGGGUACACUGCAGUAGUUUGUACAUGGUUCUGACUGUUUUUAUUUUUGUGCUUUCAUUUUAUAGUAUUUCAUAUGGAGACCUCUUGAAGAAAGUGUUCCUUAAUUAAGGCCUUCAUACCAAAACACAUCAGAAAAAAAAAUUCAUCUCAACAACUCAAUUAUUUGAAAUGCCAUGACUUCCUUUAUAUUCUCAACACUAUCUUUUCUCAAGAUCCACUCAGCCAAAGACGCUAGAGUCAAAACCGCCAAUCAUGGGAUGUUUAAAUUCAUGCAGACUGAGUGAAAUCCAUCUUUCAAUAGGCCGUUUUUUUUUUCAAGACAAUCAGGGAGGUGGUUUCAGAAACAUAUCAGGAAACAAAACAACAAACGGACCAAGAGGGAUUGAUUUGUUUUCCCUCCCAUGGCUGAAACUUCAGUAUGAAAUUUCAAACUGCUUCUCCUCUACCUGCCUUUCCACUACACAAACACCAUGUUGCCUUUGCAUGCAGAUACUGCAGAUGUUGUAUUUACUGCUGCAUUAAUUUGUGUGAUGAAUUGUAUUUAUCUAAUCAUCAUAUUUCACUGAUGAAGCAAUAGUUAUUGCCUGAAGGAUAGCUUUUCCUGAUCCUUGUUAACACUGGGAAUGUAUGUCAAGAAACAAAGAGUUGAUGCAUUGUUUAGAAGUUAAGAAUGUGAGUCCAUUACUUAUUUUCUGUGAAUCACUGUCAGAUGUCUUCAAACUGUAUCUGACUUGUUUUAGGAGGAAAAUGACUUGAAAUGCCUGAGCAGAGUAGAACAGGGUUUUGAUAGAUAACAAGCCAACUUAAUGAAAGCAGAAACUUCUUUUGUAGCUCUGUAAUCAUGUCCUGUCAUACUGAAUCAUAAUGCUUUUUAGCCCGUGUUGUCUUUGUAAUGAUGUCUUCUUGAGUACCGUAACCUGAAACUGCAGCAUUAAUUCAUUUCUCAUUCUCUUGGUACCGCAUUAAACGCACAAUAGCUGAGGGGUCAAACAGCUUGGACUCCACAAGGUUAGUAGAGCAUAGUUUUCUUUGUAAACAAGAAUUGAUGUCUUGUUUGAGCAGUAGCAGAUUAAUGGAGGGUGAGAUGACAUUUUUCUGUCAUUGCAUGUUCAGUCUAAUAAGACUGCAGUGUUUCUUAUAAGCUAAAUAUGUUGAUGGAGUUUGGAUCUAAAUGGCAAAAAUGUGCCAAAUGUACCCAUGGCCCUAAGUUUAGAUGGUACAACAAGCGUGUAUAUAUUAUCUAAUUAUCUAAAUGUACCUUCCUACAUUUUGAUGUUUUUGUGUGUUUUUUAUACAUAUGCACUACUCCAAAAAUGAAAACAUUGAAGAUGUAAAAGUGUCUUUAAGUCAUCCAUUUGGUGACAUAUUAGUAGAGGAUUUGCUGAUUAAAGUUUCCAGGAUCAUCUUUGAUAUGUAA